CCAAAAGUACUCUUCAACACCCACUUUGACACGGUACCUCCAUUCAUUCCGCCAACAGAGGAUGCAGAAAAGAUCUAUGGCAGAGGAUCAAGUGAAGCUAAAGGGCAGUUAGCCUGCAUGAUUUCUGCAGCUCAAGCGCUUGCCGAAUCGAAUCCAGACAUUGCGGAAAAACUUGCUCUUCUCAUCGUUGUUGGUGAAGAGAUUGAUCAUAUCGGAAUGCAGGUAAACAUUUGA